AUCACUUUCGUUUCGAGUUCGCAGAGACCGGUCGACUUUACUAAUUGUGCUCCUGAAUAAAAAAAAAAGAAUAUUUUUCCGAAUAAUUUUUUCUGAUUUUCGUGCGUUUUUUUUGUGAGAAAAAUAAGUUGCAUUUUGCUGCCAAUUCGACUUUACUGAUUGUGCGUCUGAAUAUCUUUAGGAAUAUUUUUUUCCGAUUUGAUUUUUUUUCGUGACAAAAAGAAAAGUUACAUUGUGGUGCCAAUUCGUUGCGGACACACGAAGUUGUCGUGAAUUGAGUUCGUUUUCGGUUUUUAUUUCGGUUUGAUCAAAGCGAAGAAAAUGGCAAACGAUUCGGAACGUAACGAUGACAGGGAGAACGACAAGAAGAACAACAACAAGAAGAAGAACGGAAUAUUGAAGCCGCAGGGCAAGAAGACCGACAAGAUUGAGAAGAAGAUGAAGGAGAUCAAGGAGCAGAAGCCCCACUUCAACGAGAUGACUGGCAGCUUGAAUAACCUUCUGACUCCAGUGACAUCCAGGACCAUGACCAAGAACACAAACUCCGAGAAUCCGAAAAAUUCGGAAGAAAAGGACGACGGUAAUGCUGAUGCCUCUGUCACCGCCAUGGACGAGGACCAAGAUGGCCCUGCUACUGGCGGAGAUGGUGCUGGAGUUCCAGGUGCUGGUGCUGCUACUGGUCAAGAUCGGGCUGCAGUUGCCGAUGAUGGUGCUGCUACUGGCGGAGAUGGUGCCGCUACUGGCGGAGAUGGUGCUCCAAUUGCUGUUGCUGCCUUUGAUGGAGAUGGUGUUCCAAUUGCUGUUUAUGCCACUGGUGGAGAUGGUGCUCCAAUUGCUGUUGCCGCCACUGGCGGAGAUGAUGCUCCAAUUGCUGUUGCUGCCACUGAUGGAGAUGGUGCUCCAAUUGCUGUUGCUGCCUUUGAUGGAGAUGGUGUUCCAAUUGCUGUUUAUGCCACUGGUGGAGAUGGUGCUCCAAUUGCUGUUGCCGCCACUGGCGGAGAUGAUGCUCCAAUUGCUGUUGCUGCCACUGGUGGAGAUGGUGCUCCAAUUGAUGUUGCCGCUACUGGCGGAGAUGAUGCUCCAAUUGAUGUUGCCGCUACUGGCGGAGAUGUAGCUGCAGUUGCCGGAGCUGGUGCUGCUAUUGGUGGAGAUGUUGCUGCAGUUGCCGGUGCAGGUGCUGCUACUGCUACUGGUGAUGAUGAUGAACGUCCUUGCACCUCCGCUGCUGCCUUACGUAAUCAGAAGGAUGCACAAAUCUAUACGGAGACCUUGUCAUUCGUGCAACAGCGGGAUGGCUCGCACGAGGUGUACACCACUUGCAACCUGGUCACCGAUGAGGAUCAGAGUGCGCCCAUGCGCGAGAUAAGCGUUGCCGAUGGCGAGCUCGUCAUCUUAGCCGGCGAUGACGGGGUGUGCCACCGUCCCAAUGACGCCGUGAUCCUCGAGGCCGACGAUAAUCGUAUCUACGUGGUCGGUGCUGUGGAGGCUAAUGUUCGAUACGUCCACGCCCAGGCCGUUCCAGAGGAGGAUAUCAUUGACGAGGACCAGCCCACACCGACCAAGGAUUAGGGCGUGUGGACAGAGAGCGCCAAGGGCAAAUGUGUCAAAUAUAUAUCAUUAAUGUACAUUCCUAUUGAUUUAAUUAAAUAAAUAUG